CAAACCGUCACUGGCCAUCUCCCUUUGGAUCAUUCGUAGCCUCCAAGCAGAACUGCUUACCAUUGAGAACCAUUCAUAGCUUGCUCCUCCACCCCGCCCAUCGUCUUCCACAAAUCAUCGUCUCCCGUCCCGAUCACAUACCGACAUAUCGAUAAUCGACCGAGCAUCAGCGCAUCACAACGGGCUCCUGCGAGCGAGCGGCGCGAUCAUGGCGUACCGGGUGCUGGAGGUGACGCUGAUCUCGGCCAAGGACCUGAAGAAGGUGACGGUGUUCUCCAAGAUGCGCGUGUACGCGGUGGUGUCCAUCUCCGGCGGCGACCCGAGGACGCCGACGCACAGGACGCACUCGGACCGGCACGGCGGUCGGAACCCCAUGUGGCAUGCGCCGCUGCGGUUCCCCAUCCCGACCGCCGCCGACCCGCGGGGGCUCGCGCUGCACGUGCUUCUCCGCGCCGAGCGCUCCUUCGGCGACCGCGACGUCGGCGAGGUGCUGGUGCCGGUGCAGGACCUCGCCUCCGCCGCGCCACCCGCCGGCGAGCACCGGCACCUCAGCUACCAGGUGCGCAGCCCCAUGAGCGGCCGGAAGCGCGGCGUGCUCCACAUCUCCUACAGCCUCUCCGACGCGCCUGCGCCGACGGCGGCGGGGCCGGGCGACCCGCAGUACAUGCAGACGAACGCGGCGGCCAAGGGCGGCGCCGACCCGGUGACCGCGUACCCGCCGUACCACCACCAGCAGCAGCACGCCGUGCCGCCGUACGGCUACAACCCCCCGUACGGGUACGCCGGGGCAUCGUACGGCUACGGCCCCGCCGCGGCCGCUCCCUACGGGUACGGCGCAUCGUCCGCCGCGGCGGCCAGGCAAGACGGAGGCGUCGGGAUGGGGUCCGGGUUCGGGAUGGGGCUCCUCGGCGCGGCGGUCGGCGGGAUGAUGAUCGGCCUCGGCGAGGGCGUGGGCGAGAUUAUCGCCGACUCGGAGAUGGGCAUGGACGGGUGCUUCUGAUCCGC